AAUUUCAUGCUGACGAUUAGAAGCGUGUUUCUCUUGAGAAAGUCCUAAGAGCUGUAAGAUGACUAUGCGUUAUGUAACAACCAAACGGAAUAUUAUCGACAUACAUCAGUCGUCGACACAGAUAUUGCCCAAUGACUCAUCAAUUGCGGACACCAUUAUCAUAGAUGCGCCGUGCUGCUUCUGAAGCUGAUAAAACGAACACAGACGAUCAGGCCUCAAAGUCCUGUCGACGAAGAGAUGGGUAGCUCUAACCGAGGAAAGAUAGGAGAAUGAAAUCGGAUGUGCUCUCUGAAAAAAAAAAACAACAUUUCGGUAUCCGCCUUACGCGAUUUAUGGAAAUCAGGGAAAAUCUAAAUCUGGAUGGCCGGACAAUGACUCGAACCACACUCUCUUGUCGAAUACGAGUCCUGUGUCUAACCACUGCAUCAUCUCUCCUGAUUACGUGAGGAAAUGUAAGGACGAACUGCUAAAGUGGAACCUACUGACGAGGAGAUAGGUUAGAUAAACGUCGUAGGGAAAAAGGACAGUUUUCAUGGAGAAAACUAGUACCGGCAAUGUUCUGCAGCCUUUCCAUUUCACCCUUAUACGAACAGUAAAGACGGACUUCGUCUCCUGGAAAAACCUACAGAACAAACUGGCAGUUAUGCCACUUACACCCCAUCAGCUAAUAAAACAGGAAAAAUAACCGUAUUCUAAAACACAGUAGCGGUGUUAACAAAAGACAACACUGUUCACACGACAUGGCGUGAAUUACGACACUAAUAAAGAGUAGGUCUAAGCCUGUCCCACAUUUAACUGUGGUUGGUUGUGUUUAUAUGUAGAUUCAGCAGCUGACGAUGAAUAGGUUAUUAGAAAUCGCAAACAAAAUUUGACAGAGUUUUGUCACCUAGGUACUGGUAAAUCAGUCGCCUUGUAUAAAACCUUGUUAGUUGUGUUUGGUAGCAACGGUUCUAUUUCUUAUAGUAAUCGCACAGUGUUGGAUGCAAACUAGACGCCAAUGUAACUGCAUGAAUCUGUACUCUCAAUCAUCUUAUGUUAUCAGUCAAUGUCAUGGCGAAUUUUGAUAGUUACAUAACAGUUUCAUCUGACAUUUUGCCUAAGUAUUAGACACUGCAAGCGACAACUGCCUAAAUACUUUACUCUUCCGCAAUCAAACAAAUACUAAGCUCGUCUCACUGGUAGAUGAACGGCUGUGUGUGCACAACUUGUUUUGCAUGAGUUUUUCCUCUAUAACACGUCUUUCCUAAUCUGUGGCCAGCCAGGGCUCUACCUGACACAAGUGCGAGAUUAAAGUCCACGUAGCGUGUGCUACAGUUACUCCACCUAGUCUGUUACGUGCAUUCUAUUUCACUCAACACAAGAUUAAAGUUCAUUCAGCUCGAGCAAAGGUCUUGGAAUGUGAGGUACCCGCAACCCUCACACAUAUACGAGAGCGAGGGCUGCUGAAAAUUGACUGUUCAGUGCAGGUCAUCUGUGUGGUGUGUCUACAGUAGUCAAGUUGUCAUUCCAUUAAUUUGUUCAGUUAGAUAGCUUCGGUGUUUCAGCCCAGAGAAAAAGAAAUGGCUGCUUUAACUAAAGGGAUUUUUAUCGUUGCUGCAAAGCGUACUCCGUUUGGCACCAUGGGUGGUAAAUUUGUCCAGAAAUCAGCUAUGGAGUUGCAAGAGGUUGCAGGCAGAGCAGCACUGGCAGCAGGCCGCGUCAGCCCUGAUCAAGUUGAUUCUGUUGUGAUUGGCAACGUUUUAAGUGUUUCAGCUCCAGAUUCAAUUUUCAUUGCACGCCAUGUUUCUUUGAGAUGCGGAAUACCCAUUGAGCGACCUGCACUGGCUGUCAAUAGACUUUGUGGUUCUGGAUUCCAAGCUAUAGUCAGUGGGGCUCAUAACAUUCUCGUAGGGGACUCAAAAGUAGUUCUGACAGGAGGAACAGAUAAUAUGAGCCAAGCUCCUUAUGCUGUGCGUAAUAUCCGAUUUGGAGCACCUCUUGGAGCAAGAAUUGAAUUUGAGGAUACUCUGUGGGUUGGUCUUACAGACACCUACUGCAACCUUUCAAUGGCACUGACAGCAGAAAACCUGGCUGAGAAGUACAAAAUUGCAAGACAAGAUGUUGAUAAAUAUUCCCUUCGAUCACAAAUGCAAUGGAAGAAUGCCAAUGAUAAAGGAUAUUUUAAGGAAGAACUAGCACCAGUCACACUGACAAUAAAGAAGAAAGAAGUGAUUGUUGAUGUAGAUGAACAUCCGCGACCUCAAACUACUGCAGAAGGACUUGCAAAACUCGCACCUGUUUUUAAGAAGAAUGGAGUUGUCACUGCAGGAUCUGCAUCUGGCAUAUGUGAUGGUGCUGGUGCUGUUGUUUUGGCUAGUGAAGAGGCUUGUAAGGAAUAUGGAUACAAACCAUUAGCACGACUUGUCGGUUAUUCGGUUGUUGGUGUGGACCCAAGCAUAAUGGGCAUAGGGCCUGCUCCAGCAAUUCAGAAGUUGCUGAAGGUCACGGACAAAACACUUAAUGAUAUUGAUCUAGUUGAGAUUAAUGAAGCAUUUGCUGCUCAGACAUUGUCUUGUCAACAAGAACUGAAAUUGGACAUGGAAAAAUUGAAUGUGAAUGGAGGAGCGAUUGCACUGGGACAUCCACUUGCUGCAUCAGGGUCACGUAUUACGAGCCAUCUUGUACACGAACUCAGGAGGAGAAAAGGAAAGUAUGGAAUUGGUUCGGCUUGUAUUGGUGGUGGCCAAGGUAUUGCUCUUCUGGUAGAGAGCAUACACUAAAUGAAUCCAAUACUACGCAACAGACUAAUUUGUACUGAAAAAUUUAUAUAAAGGAUUUUCAUAUUUUUUAUAUUCAUAUAUGUAUAUACACACAUCUAUAUUAAAAUUCAAAAAAAGCUUAGUAAA